AUGGCUUCAUCAAAUAGACAUUGGCCUAGCAUGUUCAAGUCCAAACCCGAAUGGCAGCAUGACAUCAUCUCCUCUCUCAUAUCAACUGGUUGCCACAGAACCCCAUACACAUCAGUGCCCGGAAGUGAAGAGAGAAGUCCUGAACCUAAGACGAGAUGGAACCCGAGACCCGAGCAAAUCCGCAUACUGGAAGCCAUUUUCAACUCAGGAAUGGUGAAUCCUCCAAGGGAUGAAAUAAGAAAAAUUAGGGCUCAAUUGCAACAGUAUGGCCAAGUUGGAGAUGCCAAUGUUUUCUAUUGGUUUCAGAACAGAAAAUCAAGAAGCAAACAGAAGAACAGACAACUCCAUAACACCAAGUCACAAACUCACCACGCGCCGCCUGUCACCACCACCAUGGCUGCCACUUCUUCAAUUCUACCACCAUCCGUAAAAUAUUCUCCGAGUUCCAUAGAAAAGAUGAUUUUCUCAGUUUGUUCCAGUCCUCUAAUGGAUAUAUCCAAUUCUCCAACUGGUUCAGCCAACCAAUCGAUUUUCCGAACUCCCAACGAGUUCUUGGCGGAACCCUACAUUUUUCCGGUGCAACAACCCUCAGAAGGCCCAUCAACUGCUGCUUUUACACAAGGGUUUUGCUUUCCAGAUGUAUCUGAUCAUGUUACAGAUCAUACGGCUGGAAAUUGUUGCUCCAGUCUCUCACUCAGUGAACUUAUGCCGAUGAAUCACGAGCCAUCCGAAAAGGCUAAUCAGGAUGAUCACGAGAAGAUGAAACUGCAGCAACAACUGAGUACAGCGUGA